AUGAUAGUCACGCUACUUCUUCAAGGGCAGAGUCAUGAGGGAGGUUUCCUGCAAGCCCGAGAUGCGGAAUGCCCUGUGUUGCAGACUGAAAUUAUUGGAUUCGCUUUGUGCUUACACCAACUUCUAGGCGAUGACGAAGACCGUGAAGCAAGUCUCGUCUCUGUAGUUUUCUCAAGAUAUAUGACGCCUGUUUCUUCUUCAACGAUGGACAGCAGACUACGACCAGGUCACGCAAACGAACUGCGUAUUUGUUUCUUGUUUAUCUCUUGA